AUGGAAAUACAGGGAAGAGCUUCCGUCAAACGUGGGGAAGGAACGAUCCUGCCAGAACCAGCGUGUGAUGAAAAGCCGCAGAGCCAGCAGCCAGCGAGGAGAAGCCGUGAGAGGCAGACGCGGACCUCAGAUGACGGGUUCUGUUUCCAAGGCCGAGGAGGACAGAAGCUGCAAGGCUCGAAUGCAUCCGCUGACCUUGUGAUGGAUGGGGACGGCGCGAACGCGCACCUGUUGCGCAGAGAGGCCACGGGAAAUGCUGCCCUCGGACAGAGGGGGGAGCGGAUUUUGCCGCCGCUGAGGAGUCCCAGAAGAGAACAUCGUUAUGUCAGAAUAGGAGAGGCAGGGUGGAAGGGAUUCAUGCGCUGUAUUGACAGGCCGUUCCUGAUAAGUGAACUCCUUCAACAGCUCCGCAGCGCUGUCCUUGUACCCGUCAGAUCCUUGUUGCUCUGGCUACGCGCCUGCUCGAUGCCAGAUCCAAAGCUAGGUGGUUGGGCGGGUUACGAAGUGAGCACGGCCAGGGUCACGAGAACAUCAGAUGAGUCGACUGGGGUAGGUGCUGUGAGCCGAAUCGACAGGCUGCUGGGGGAGAACGUGUUAACAGAGAGAGUGGGUUGGCCCGGCUAG